AUGGAAUUUUUUGCUCAUUCAUCGAGUGGAGAGCUGUACUCAAGUAGUGCUGCUACAUGCGUUUUAAUUCUUUUAGUAUUGGAUGAUAAUUCUGUUAUUAUGGAGCACCGUUCCGAUAUUGAUUUAGGUGGUGUAGGUAGUGAAGAAGAAGCGAUGGCGUUGUUUCACAGCAUUACACAAAAUAUUAUUAAAUGUAAAGAAACGGAUUGUAGUGUUCGUGCUGCCUUCAUUGUUGGAGGUUCUGAUGAAUCAAUAAAACAGGAAUUUGAAAAAUCAUUACAAAAUGUAAGAAAAGAAAUCAUGGAUGAUGAAUCUUUUAUGGAAUUAGAUGGAGGUAUUCAAGUUAGUUUAGCUAAUAAUAUUAAAUUACUUGAUUUGACAUGGAAUAUAAAAGAGGAAGAAGAAUUAUUCCAGAAAAAUACAGCUUUUAUUCAACUUGGUAUAAUCCAUCACCAUGAAGCUGGUCAUUGCUUAGUUUUGAAACAAUGUAUUAACCUUGUUAAUAGCGAGACCGAUGACAGAACUACACUAUGUUGUGGUGUUCUUUCGUUUAUAUUAAAUUUUGCAUCAGAUAUGUGCAGUAACAGUCCUUUUAAUUAUGGUGAAUUUUAUAUAAGAAAAGAACUUGCUGAACUUUAUGAAGCUGAAAAAGAUAUUGUAAUAAUUAAUAAAACUGUUGAAAGAUUUAUUAUGAAAGCUAUUGGUUUGGGUGCCAAACAACUUGAUGUAGUUGAUGGAUCAUUAACAGUUAAACUUGAAGAAAGCUUGAUAAAUCGAUUAACCAAUCAAAUUCCACCUGGAGUAUCUGUAUAUCGCCUUUAA